GAUAUUUGCAGCCGGCUGCACCAAUAUUGUAGUCCUAAUGAUAUAAAAGCUGCGCUGGCUGCAGAAGAGAGCAUCAGUUUAACUCUGAACUAAUUCAGUGAUCACUAAAUCUCAAGCUAAAACCAAACUUUAACCAAAACCAAUCAAAAUGUUCAAAUUGUUCGUUCUUGCCUGCAUCUUCGCCGUUGCCGUCGCUGCUCCCGGUGGUGUUGUUGUAGCUCCAGUAGCACAUGUCGCCCAUGUUGCUCCUGUUGCACAUGUUGCUGCACCAGUAGCUAUCAGCCAUUCAUCAACCCAUGUUGUCCACAACCCACCAGUUGUUAAAACCGUUGUUGCUGCCCCAGUAGUCGCUCACCAUGCAGCUGUGGUCGCUCCUGUUGUCCCAGCUCAUCCAGUACUUCUUCAUCAUUAAAUCUUGAUGGUUAGGCGUUUGUAGUUGUAAAAUUUGAAUUAUGCUUUUUUGGAGAUAUUUUGUAAAACAGUUUUUAUUUACUAAAGAUUGAAGCAGUAUUUUGAAA